AAAAGAGAGAUAAUUAUUCUAUCUAAUAAUAAUUCUAUCUAUAAGAAAGAGGAGACCAUAUGAAAAAUAUAACCGAUCCUUUCCUUUCCUUGGGUUAUUGGCCAUCCGCCGGAAGUUUCGGGUUUAAUACCGAUAUUUUAGCAACAAAUCCAAUAAAUCUAAGUGUAGUGCUUGGCGUAUUGAUUUUUUUUGGAAAGGGAGUGUUAAGUGAUUUAUUAGAUAAUCGAAAACAGAAGAUCUUGAAGACUAUUCGAAAUUCAGAAGAACUACGCGGGAGGGCCCUAGAACAACUGGAAAAAGCCCGGGCCCGCUUACUAAAAGUAGAAAAGGAAGCGGAUCUGUUUCGAGUGAAUGGAUAUUCUGAGAUAGAACGAGAAAAAUGGAAUUUGAUUAAUUCAACUUCUAAGACUUUGGAACAAUUAAAAAAUUACAAAAAUGAAACCAUUCAUUUUGAACAACAAAGAGCGAUUAACCAAGUUCGACAACAGGUUUUCCAACAAGCCUUACAAGGAGCUCUAGGAACUCUGAAUAGUUGUUUGAACAACGAGUUACAUUUACGUACCAUCAGUACUAAUAUUGACAUGUUUGGAAUGAUGAAAGAAAUAACGGAUUAGUCCUUCUACUGCAAGGAUUAUUUUUUUUUUGUUUGAAAGAAAAAAAAGAAUUAAGAAAUAUUCAUGGUAACCAUUCGAGCCGAUGAAAUUAGUAAUAUUAUCCGUGAACGUAUUGA